UUCUACAAUUUCUUUCAUUGCUGCUUGAAAAUUUAGCUGUCAUGGCUGCUCUAAGAUUCAAUCCUUCAAGAAUCAGACACCCUUUACUUCAAACUCAUAAACCUAUUUCCAAUUUGACUUGUUUAACUGAAUUCCCCUUUCAAUCAGUAGCAAAAUUUCCCAAAACGAAGCUCAAGUCUGUUCAUUCUCCAUCAUGUUCAAUUUCUGAAGCUUCUUCCAUUUCAUCAACGUUGGAAGCUGAAGAAGAUGAUGAUGACCCCACUGCUGAAUUAGUGUAUCUUGACCCUGAAAUUGACCCUCAGAGCAUUUCUGAAUGGGAAAUAGAUUUUUGCUCUAGGCCAAUUCUUGAUAUUAGAGGCAAAAAGUUAUGGGAGCUUGUUGUUUGUGAUGAUUCCUUGUCCCUUCAGUAUACCAAAUAUUUUCCAAAUAACGUUAUCAAUAGCAUCACUUUGAAAGAUGCUUUAGUCUCCAUAUGUGAUGACUUAGGCGUGCCCUUACCAGAUAAAAUCCGCUUCUUCAGGUCACAAAUGCAGACAAUUAUUACAAGAGCUUGCAAUGAGCUUGGCAUCAAACCUGUUCCUAGCAAACGGUGUUUAUCACUUGUUCUUUGGCUCGAAGACCGCUAUGAAACUGUUUAUACUCGCCAUCCUGGUUUUCAAAAAGGAGCCAAGCCACUUCUUGCUCUUGACAAUCCUUUUCCAAUGGAACUUCCUGAGAAUCUUUAUGGAGAAAAGUGGGCCUUUGUCCAGUUGCCUUUUUCAGCUGUUCGUGAGGAAGUAUCUAACCUGGAGACUAGGUUAGUUUUUGGUGCAAGUUUAGACUUGGAUCUUCUGGGGAUCGAAAUUGAGGACACAACAUUGAUUCCCGGAUUAGCGGUUGCAACCUCACGUGCAAAACCAUUAGCAGCUUGGAUGAAUGGUUUGGAAGUCUGUUCGAUUGAAGCUGAUGUUGCCCGAGCUUCCUUAAUUUUGUCUGUGGGUAUCUCUACCCGCUACAUUUAUGCCACUUACAAGAAAAACCCUGUAUCCACAAGUGAAGCAGAAGCUUGGGAAGCAGCAAAGAAAGCAUGUGGAGGUUUGCACUUCCUUGCUAUUCAAAAUGACCUGAAUUCUGAUGAUUGUGUUGGAUUCUGGCUUCUAUUAGACUUGCCACCUCCACCUGUAUAACUUGAUAAACUGAAUACAAGGUUUUCCUUUGUACAUUCUAUUUUCUUCCUGCCCUUGACAUUUCCUGAAUGUAGAGAGAUCAGCUUGCAAGUCGUCAUAUUGCAUCAAUAGCAAUUAGAUUCUAUUCAAGUCUCGCGAAAGUAGAGGGAAAAUAUCUGAAAGAAUUAUGGUCAUUUUGAGCAUUUACAUAAAAUACAGUAUGUGAUAUGUUCAAAUUGAGAAAUGUGGAAAUUCUUAUGCUCUCUCUUUGCA